GAAGCGGGUCCUGAUUUUCCCCUAUAAAAGAUGGAAGCAUGUCUUGUGGCCUAUCAGUCAAGAUCAAUUCAUAUGUGGAAGUUUGCCGUGUACCUGUAACGUUGUCACCAUGAGGUCGAUUUUCACCAUCGGUUCUCUACUGGUGUUCGUCGCUUUUACAGUGAAUGCACAUACCCUUCGCGACCAAACAUCAAGAGUUGACGUAGUGUUCAAAGAUGCCUCCCAGGAAGCCACAUACUUGGGUGCGAUCCUUGAAGAGGUGGCAGAGAUGCUAGCCGACGACGAUGACCUGAAGGCUGCGAGUGACGAGUACUUCAUUCGUGAUCUGUGGGCCAAAGCAACAGAAGCCCUGAAGAACGCCACACAGAAGGCAACGUCAUCCGUACAAGACGCGUUCACUGAAGCCAAGGGCCACAUCCAGAGAGUCGCAGCGGAAGCCCAGCAAAAACUGAAAGAAAAGGCAGCUGAGAUUAUGUCCAAGAUAUUGACUAGGAUUGCGGGCCAGUAUGCGAUCGAGGAUUCAAUUAGUCGCAUGGACUUUAUGCAGAUCUUGCGCGAUCUGAUCAAGGGAGCAGCACAGCGACUUUUUGGUGUUGGAAAGGCUUUGGGCCAACUUAAACACUGACACAAAUAAAAGAGCUGAAUAAUUUGUCACAUGCAAAAAA